UGCAAGUACAACAGUUCUCUGUGCGCUCCCAUUCAUUUCCUGAGAACUGCCUAAGCUGAGCAGCUGAGAGGCAGAAGGGGAGGGAGCUGAUCACACACACACACACACACACAUGCACACACACACGCACACACACACGCACACACACAUGCACACACACACGCGUACAGUACACACGGACAUACGCGCAGAGUGAGAGGAGCGAAGAGGAGAGGAGAGGAAAACAGUGUCCUGGUCUCCACGGCUCUGCAGCUCCUGACAAGGCAGCCUCAGAAACAGGAUGUUAAUGCUUGACGGAAUGCCUGCAGUCCGAGUCAAAGCUGAGCCCCUGGAAUCGGAACAAGGGUCACCUAAAGUGCGCCCUUAUUCUGCGAUGGACGGCGUCCCUUUUUUCCUCAGCAGAGUUAAACCUGAACCUCCGGAGGACCUGCUCGCCCACGACCUGCACUUCCACACGCAGACGGAGCCCGUCGACCUUUCGAUCAACAAAUCCCGCCCCUCCUCCUCAUCCUUCCUCCCCACCACCACAAACUUAUCAUCCUCCCCUCUCAGAUCCGCCUUCUCCCCGUCUUCGUUAUCGUCGUCAUCCUCCUCCUCCUCCUCAUCUUCCUCCUCUCCAUCAGUUAUCACCUCAGCCUCAUCGGUGCUCACGCCAGGCCCCCUGGUCGCCCCUGGCGCGGGGCUGAGAGGUCAGCCGUAUUUGCACAUCCUGCACUCUGUGCCGCCUCCUCCAUCCAGCCCUCUGAGCCUGCAGGGAGCGGGGAAGCUGGGCAGCCAUGUUCACCGCAUCCCGGUUGUGGUACAGUCACUGCCCCUCAUGUACACCACUGCCGUUCGAUCGCCCUCCAGCCUCAGCAACGCCAUCGUGCUACCUCUGCUGGAUGAGGUCAGAAGCCAGAGAAAAGCACACACAGACCCCAAUGGCCUAUCGCCAAGGCAGAUCAAAAGUGACAGCGAUGACGACGACCUGCCAAACGUGACCUUGGACAGUGUUAAUGAGACCGGCUCCACUGCGCUGUCUAUAGCCCGCGCUGUACAAGAUUCCAUUUCCCCGUUCAGUAUUGACAGCAUACGUCGUCCCCGGAGGUCAGAGUCUCCAGAUUCCAAAAAGAGGAGAAUCCACAGAUGUGACUUUGAGGGCUGCAAUAAGGUGUACACCAAAAGCUCCCAUCUAAAAGCACACAGACGGACGCAUACAGGGGAAAAGCCAUACAAAUGCACCUGGGACGGCUGCACGUGGAAGUUCGCCCGCUCCGAUGAGCUGACGAGGCAUUACAGAAAACACACGGGGGUCAAACCCUUCAAGUGCGCAGACUGUGACCGCAGCUUCUCCAGAUCUGACCACUUGGCUCUGCACCGACGGAGACAUAUGCUGGUUUGAAUCAGACGGAGAGAGAUAAAGAGAGAGAGAGAGAGCGAGAGAGAGAGAGAGAGGGAGAGAUCAGUGGAACAAACAUACACACACAAUCACACAAACACACACAGGCAGCCGGGGGAGCGGGAUCUCCCUAUGAAUGUUUUUCAGCUGGCCUGAAUGCACACAGACACACACACACACACACACACACACACACACACACACACACACACACACACACACACACACACACACACACAUAAACAUACACAAAAGCACACACACUCUCAUCCGUCAGAAGGCGAGAAGACGUCGAGGUGCACGGAGCUUGCGGAGCACAAAACAGGGUCACUUCUGGAUCCUCUUGGGGUUGGAAGGAGCAGACGGCAGGAUCUUUUAUCGGAGUCUAAUAGGGAACUGUCUUUUACAGCGCUGUUCAUAAAUGUUUCACUUUGAUUAUUAAAAACAAACUCUUCAUUUGGACAAAAAAAAAUUCUAUAUAAUGCACUCGCAACCGUCUUCUUUUUUUUUUUAGAUUUGUUUUUGUUUUUUUUGUGCUUUCUUUCUUUUCACUAUAUUGUUCCAGUUGCUGCUUUUUCCAGCAUUUCAUAAUGUGAAAGACCCCAUCGAACGGAAUGGAUUUUUAGAGUCACAGGCCUGGACUGGAUCGCAGGGACCUUGUUGGAGUUACAGGCAGUAUUGCUUCCCUCCGGAGUCUGAUCGAUGAGCAGCAGGGGGCGCCACGUAGCCACGGAUUGCCUGCUGUGUGGUUCCCUUAUAAAUGCUGAAAGAGGGCUGGACUUUCACCUUCCCCACAGCCAGCGACCAGUCGACACCAUCCCAGCCCGGACGGAUCAACCUCAACCAACACCUCCACUGUUUUCAGAGAGUCAUCCGUUUAUUAUGAACGAUUCCAAAAAAAAUGGACACGCAUCCCAUGGCACCAGCAGAGAAGCACACCGUUUAUUCCCCCAAAACCACAUCAGUGCUGUUCUGUUUACGUCGAGCCUCUUUGAAAUCUUUGGGUUGAUUUUGUGCUGUGAUUAGCAAUCAGUAAAGUGCAAUCUUAAAGGAUGAAUAUACUUUCAACGUUUUUC